AUGGCCUCUGCAUUUGAAUGGGCUACCAAAACUGUGGUUGAAGAACUGAGCAGAAAUGGGGAGCUGGUCCCUGUGGACAGCCUCAACAGCUCUACCCGCUUCAGUCCCUACUCCCUGCUUCGGAAGAAGAUGAAGAGCUCCUUGUUUUGGAGGUCGCAGUAUGUUUGCCUCAAUUUGACUCUCAAGGACAUUCUGGAUCCGAGCUCCCCAGUACCAGUAGAGACCCAGGAUGGAACAUUCCUCUUUAUUAUCGAGAUGAAUGGGCAGGUGUCUGCCAAUGUGAAGGUGACUGACCCUGUGGAGGAGGAGAUUUUUGGAAAGAUCUCAGAGUCAAAGAAAACCAUCUUCCAGUUCAAGACUCUCACCGUGUCCCCUACCACCUGGGACUGCUUACAGAAGGAAAGGAAACUGAAGACACCAGAGCCCUCUGUCUUUCAGCAGCUUCGGGAAAAGGGAGAGAACCUGUAUGUUGUGACAGAAGCUGUGAAGACCCAGAAAGAGGCCAUUGUGAAGAGGUCCAGAAAUAGGGAAGGCUUUGGGAAGAUCACCAUUGCUGGGCUCUCAUGUAUCGAGGCUCAGGGUCAGGGUGGCUUGAACACAGUGAAGACAGUGACUGUCCCUGAGGGCAGUAUACUUGCUUUCCAAGUUGUCAAGUUGAUUAUCCGGGACCACUGGAGUGUUCUUCUACUUCCAGACAAGAACCGGAAAACCUUUGCACCCAAAGAUUUUGAGAAACUGCAAGCUGAGGUGGUGAAAGAACAACGCCCACUGACCAAAUUGGACAGGAAAUUCCAGCAGUUCCUUCUUCAAACUCUCCUGGGGCUCCUCCAGAGUGAGCAGGACCUGCUGGACUUGGAAGACACGCUAGAACAGAGUUUGUACACUGGGGAACCCCCGAAGAUGAUGGAGGGCAAGACAGACCACAUUCUAAGUAAACUACAAGAUGAAAGUGGACAACUUGUGGAGGAACUAGCAGGGGCAUUCCUCUAUCUCCUUGGAGCUCUGAAUGCCCUGAGUGAUGUCCAACAUCUGCACCUGAUCAAGUUGCUAAGGGAAAAGGAAGAGAUCCUGUCCCGGGAGGUGAAACUGGUGAAGAAAAUUCUGAAGGAGAACUUCAAUCAGACCAAGGAGAGGCCUUUCUCCCUUCCUUCAAAGCUGCUGUCCUUCAUCCAGGGCCAGGAUGAGAACUUGACCCUCACAUGUGGCCUGUUGGAAGAGUGUGGACUGUGGCUCUCUGGAGAUGAACCCCAAUUUACCUGGAACCCCAGUGCUCUGCAGUCACUUUGUGCACUGUAUGGGAGUCUGGUGAUGCUACAGGCUCUCACUGAAGCUGGCAGACCUAGACCGCUCUUUCCCUACCUAUUUCGUACCUCCUCCCCCUGUGUCAGCCCCAUGCCCAGUGGAUUAGGGGACAGCCCUAUUUCACAUCACAGAUUCACUACAUUUGUGCAUUGGGCCUUCCCCUGCUGCUGCACCCAAAAGGAACCCCCUCUGUGA